UCAAAGGUGUAAAUUAUUUUUAAAUUUCAAGUUCCUUUUUAUUUUCUGUGAUUCCAUUUAUUUAUUAAUUUUUUCUGUUUAUCAUGUCUUGUAAAGACCAUGAUCCAGCCGAAAAUUUAAAGAAGAAACCGUCGAAGAGUAUUUUGAAAUCCUCCUCGAGUUUUGAAACUGCGGAUCGAAGGCAAGGAAAGAAAGCUCUUGCUGAGAAGGCAAAAAAUGCAAAAUGGGACGAAAUGAACAUCAUAGCCACCCUUCAUCCUGCAGACAAAGAUUAUGGGCACAUGAAAAUAGACGAGCCAAAGACGCCUUAUGAGCGAACUGUGGAUGAAGAUGAAACUGACAGUUUGGAUGUGGACCUACUGGCUGAAAAAAUUGCCAAAGGGUCAACUGUUCCAGCGAAAGUAUUACGACGGUGCUCUGAGGAUGAAUCCAGUGAUGAAGAAGAAACUGAAGAACAGAAAGCUCAUCGGAAAAUGUUUGACAGCAAACGCAAGGCACACUAUAAUGAGUUCAUCCAAGCAAAAAUGGCACGUCAACGGAUGGAAGAAGAGGACGAAGAUGAGGAAGAUGAGGACAAUAACCAGAAAACGAAUGAAGAGAAUGAUGAUGAAACUGCAUGCUCUGAGUCAGGUACCAACGCUAGCUCAACAGGUUAACUUAAAAAUUUGAAAACUUAAUUGUACAUUAGUCCAUGCGAGCAAAAUUUCCUGCUCCUGUUUCAUUUGUGGUCUUGUGAAGAAGGAAAGUUGCUACGAAUACUUACGUUAAAUUUUGGUAGUUUCUUUAUCCACCAUUCCUAUGUGAUCGAUACCCUCAUCAUGAAACACACAAAUAGACUAUAACUGUAUACAUGAUCUUGUACUUUAAAAAUUUCCAGUCUUGGAGCAGAAAAACUAAGGAAUAUUUUUAUUUUCUUUACACUCAUAGAUGAAGAUUUGAAGAAAUUCACUCAAUUUUGUGUAGAUAGCAAAAAUAAGAGAGGAGGGGGGGGGGAAUAGUGCCUAAUUCUCACUUUUACUUCAUUCCUCAACAAUAAUAAUCAAUGGUUUCAUUAAUUCCGAAGCAUACCUUGACAUAAUAUUCCUUAAUGGGUGUUUGAGAAUUUAGUGUUUAAAUUCGCAAUCAUUCGCACAAGUUUGUCUGUUUAUUUAAUCUCAUCAAUAGGUUCGUCUAAUUUCCACCUCUGUACUUCAGGAGCUAGACAAAAUUCGUUGAUCCUCAGAGUAUGCGAAUACCUCUCAUCCGCUGUGACUUUUUACCUCUCUUGUUAUAUCAUACCUUGCACUUGCACCACAAUGAAACAGGGCUAAGAAAUCAAAGAAUUCAAUGAUGAAAAACUUUGAUCAAUCAAUAAAUUAUUUCUUUUUUUUAUGCUUUGAAAGUAAAAUGUGGACGCUUAAUACGUAUUUUUAAUCUUUGUAGUUGUUUUUUGUCCAAUUAUCAUCAUUUACCAUGUUUUUUUGAAACAUUUUCAUUUAAACCAUAAGAUGCAAUACUUUUUUAAUCAGAGGGCUUCUAAAAUCGUGAAGUGGUGCAUAAGUAUUUGCACAGUACUUUCCAACAACUGUUCAAAAGCUUUUCACUAGUGCUCUUCAUUUCAGAAUUGUAUAAAGAUUAAUCAGAGAAUGGUUGAUGAAAAACUUCAAUCGCCGUGGUGAUGACCACCUAUCAUUUUAAUCAGUUGUUUUCAGAAGGGAAUAGGUCCUUCCUGGAUGAGUCUUCGUUAGUAUGUCCCUUUACGCAAGCCAAGGCUCAUGCAAAAGUGGACUUGUUCCCUUUUGAAAACAACUGAUCCAUCUCUCUUCUCUAUCUGGACUUUCCAAAGAACCCUGCCUACUUGUAGGGGCUCAGUGGCUCUUAGUCUAUUUUGAUGAGACUUUUACUCGCUGACAUAAACUUCAUUUUUAGCACAAAGCCAGAAAAUUAGGCAAUUUGGCAACGUAAGAGCGGAGAUAUUCGUGAUUUAACAUUCCUGUUGUUGUACAUUUUCACUUUGGCCUCAAGCAAAGUUAUAGACUGAUCGGGUACAAACACCUCACCGUUUCCUUCCCCCGCAUCUGUAGAGUUUCCAGUAAGCUGAGUUCUUAAAUAUUAGAAAAAGAAACAUCAG